AUGGACAUUGAACCAGGAAGCUCCAUCCCUAGAAAACGCGUCAAUUCGACGUCCACAGCAGAUGCUGAGGAGAGGCAGGCCAAAAAGUUGAGAGUGACUGGAGAGUCCAACUCGAAAGAGCGUUCGAAUGCCACCAAACAACAGAAAGGCCCUGAAAUUACCAAGGGAAUCCUGACGAGGGCAGCCCAUCCGCCCAUCCAGACCUCUCGGUCUGUCUACACCUACGAGCGCCUAAACCAGAUUGAAGAGGGAUCGUAUGGUGUAGUUUUUCGGGCCAAGGACAAGCAAACAGGAGAUAUCGUUGCUCUUAAGCGACUCAAACUCGACGAAGAAAAAUACGGCUUUCCAAUCACAGCGCUGCGAGAAAUACAUUCGCUCAUGCAGUGCCGACAUGAGAAUGUCGUACGAAUUCGGGAGGUAGUUGUUGGAGAUACUCUCACUCAGGUGUUCAUAGUAAUGGACUUUAUCGAGCAUGACCUCAAGACGCUGCUCUCCUUGAUGCCCAAUCCUUUCCUUCAGUCGGAAAUCAAGACCCUUACUCUCCAACUGUUACGGGCGGUCGCGCACUGUCACUCUCACUGGAUCCUCCACCGUGAUCUCAAGACGUCAAACCUGUUGAUGAAUAACCGGGGGAUCAUCAAAGUGGCCGACUUUGGUCUCGCACGACGCUUUGGCGACCCAGUUGGUAUAGGCGGAAUGACCCAGUUGGUGGUCACCCUUUGGUAUCGGUCGGAACGCUGUUCUUUCCUUUCGCGAAAAGAGCGUUGA